UCAAGAUCAACCGGUGGUGCACGAUCCUAUACCAGUUGCCUUUGCUUUCCCAGGAGGCAUGCCCGCAAUGAUGGCGCAGCCAAUGGUCGAGGGCAGGAAGGCUGUCAAGUUCGCAGAGCCAAUUGUGCAAGCCACCCCUGAGGAGAUUUCACCGUCACUUGAUGAAGUUUACCGCAUGAUCGAGGAGACAGCAUUGCAGAGGAGUUCCUCACGAGGGCAAGGGCAAUCAAGUUCCAAUGUGCCUGCAGAUACGGUAUCUGAGGAUACCAUUAGGAGUGUCACCCCUGGUCCUGUGAGGCAGCAGAGGGUAGUUCACCCACCCCCCGCGGAAGACUACGAGCCCGAAUUCAGGGCCACUAAGGAACAGACCCAGCUGUACGAUAUCGUCAAGCGUUUUGGAAAUGCGAGGACCAACAGCAAGCACAUGAAGGAGCUGAAAGCAACGAAAGUCAUUCAGUGCGGAGCGACGUACGUCGACCUGGGUGAUCUUGCCGAGUCCGUGAGGCCAAACGGAAAAAUGUCGACGAAUGUAGUUGCAUGCGGGAUCGACUACAUCAACAAUCACACCGAUGUAUGCGCCGACAAGAUAAUCAUGCAUUACAGUGUGACCUGCAAAAUAUGGGAUGGUGACUUCCACCACAAAAUCCUGAGGAACAAUUUUGCACAACACGGUGACUUCAAGCUCACACUGAAGAAAUAUGUGAGUACUCCUUUCCUGUCUGCACCGUUUUUUCACAUGGCGUGGUUUUUUGCCAGAACCUGUACUUGUGUUUGUGUGGCAGAAGUUUUCAUGUGGCAACAGUUGCCGUGCACACUGACUUCUUGAUUUUUUGUAUCCCCAUGCAAACUAUGUGGCAACUUGAUAGUAAAAUACAUGGCUC